CUUACGUACAGCUCCAACGGCAUGCAGCAUAUGACCAGAGCAAAAUUAUGUGAUUUAUAAACUGAUCACGUGCUACCCAGCUGUGAUACCAUUGUUGAGGAGGGCGUUUGCACCCUCAUGUAAUGAACAACCCCUGAUAAUACUUCUCCUUCCAUUAACCUAAUUCCAUCUGAUCAAACCAUCAUUGAAACGUACCUAUCCAUAAACAAAGCAUCUAUUCAUAUGUCCCCAAACAUAAGUCCACGAAUUCAACAGCCUAGGUAUAGAUCGACGAUGGAGCACGUAGGAUCUUUGGAUAAAUAUGAAAUUCUCGAUUGUUAUGCACCAAGGGAACCUAGUGAAGACAGGAGGAUGUUGCCCACACAGAAGUCACCACGAGAUUAUGACGCUAGCGACCUCGAUGGAUAUGCAACCUUGCUCACACAAAAGGUACCUGAUGACGAUGCGUCGUUCUUACAAUGGGCAUCUCGGAAUACCUUAGAUCAAGUCCCAUCAUCCACACAAAAGGCGCCACGAACCGACCGAGAGCAUGAUCAUGGUAACGAUGCCGACGAAGACGCGGCGCUGUUGCCACAACUCUUCCAACACAGCACCAAACACGGUCCUCCGUCUGAUGAGCACAACCUGCCCAGCCCCUCCACGUCCACGUCCACGUCCAAACAAGACAGCACGCCCUCUCCUCACCAGAAGAAGAGAGCCUCUACCCCAGCUCUUCACCAAUCCCGUGUUUCGAAACGAGCGGCGCAUCUCCGGCGAUGGCCGACUUAUCGAACAACCCGCGCCAUGAUGCAGCGGAUGGGAAGCCGAGACGACCAGUCGAGAAACCCAGAAUCGCAACCGGAACCAAAGGAAUAAAUAGCCCCCUUUACAUUUCUUUCGAGUUUAGGAUCGAGAUGGCAAUCGUCGUCGUGUUAGAUCAACCAACCCACUAACCUAGAGGGGCCUAGGCAUUUCCGAUGACGAUAGCUUUGUAUUGGUUUUGUACUAGGUCUGUCAUGUAUGUACGAUAAUAUAUGAAGUGAUUAUUUGCUAUCCAUACUUUUAUUGAUGUCGUUUUGAGGCGAUGCGGUACAAGUUGACAUACUACCUAGGCACCUACCUACUAGGUAGUACUACGUAGUAAUAUA